UAUAGCACAUCUCAUAGCAUAAAAAAAAACAAAAAACACAACCACCACCAAGGUCCGGUCCCAUCUCUUGAAAAUUCGUAAUCUCACAAAAAAGAAGGGUGUUAAACCAAAACGCACCUCAACCUCGCCGUUUUGUUCCCUCACACAAAUAAAAAGAAACUAAACGACGACGAAUCAAAACGCGUCUUUCAAAUUCACUAUACUACUCACUCAUCCACUCUCACUCACUUCUUCCUUUUCUUUUCUUUUCCUUUUUCAGUUUCACAUUUGGAUCUCUUUCAAUAACCGCCAUAUAUACAAAAUUGAUGGGAAAAUCAACUAACAAUAGCAAGGAAUGGACGCAGAUGAACACGAUCUAUGGAAUGGAGCAAUGGCAAACCCUAAUUUUCCUCUUAUGUCAAGCAAUUUUAUUCUCAGUAUUAUCGGUUUUAUAUUUUGUUUACUUCGAUCCAAUUUCUACUUUCUUCGAGCGAAUUUUCACCGGCGCCGCCGUAGCUAGAUUCGCCGCUGGAUUUACUGGCUCAGUAACAGCGCUAUCUGCUUUAUGUUUAUUUUUCGCGGCGGCGAAUUUCUUUUACUCCGCCGUUCCGCUUCACUACGACAUGGCACAACGGAUCGUCUCCGCCGUUAACGACUGGUCAUCGGUGAAACUCGCACUUGAUUUAGGUUGCUGCGGCCGUGGAAUCCUCCUCAACGCGGUAGCAACGCAGUUGAAAAAAGAAGGAAGCUCCGGCCGUGUAGUCGGUUUAGAUCGAUCGAAGAGGACGACUUUAUCGACGCUUCGAUCGGCGAAAAUGGAAGGAGUAGGCGAAUACGUGACGUGUCGUGAAGGUGACGCGCGGCGGUUACCGUUUCCGGAUAAUUACUUCGAUGUAGUAGUGUCAGGCGUGUUUGUGCAUACUGUAGGGAGAGAGUAUGGACAGAAGACGGCGGAGGCGGCGGCGGAGAGGAUGAGAGCGGUGGCGGAGAUGGUUAGAGUAAUGAAACCAGGUGGUGUAGGUGUUGUGUGGGACCUAGUGCACGUGCCGGAGUACGUGCUACGGUUACAAGAAUUGAAGAUGGAAGAUGUGAGAGUUUCGGAACGUGUAACCGCUUUCAUGGUCAGUAGUCACAUUGUUUCAUUCAGAAAACCGAGUCAGCACGUGCAUGGACCCGCUGAGGUUCGCUUGGAAUGGAGAUUAUGCUGACGUGGAAUUUUAUCAACGGAGAAAAAAAAUACUAUAUACAGUAUAUUAUUAUUAUAUAUAAGUUUUUUUUUUAUAAUGUUAAUUUUUUUUUCUUGUUUUAUAGUAGUAUUUUAUAUUUUAUAGUAAAUAUGAAAGAGUAAAGUUAUUAUGUAUGGCUGGGGAGGCGAAGUCGAACCAGAUUUUAGAAUGAUAUGAAUUUUGUAUAUGCUUGUUGUUGAUGAUUUUAUUAUAUAUAGCAAUGAAAUUGUACAA